CGUCCCUCCUCGAAGCCUUGCACAUGACCAGCUUUUGUCUGAUGCGGUUUCGAGCUCCGUUCAGCUGUUAAUCGUCGAGCGCGAGACAAGUUCACCUUCUACAUGUCUAAAUUCUGUUUUCACAUACGCUGUACAGUUGCGAAUACGACAGCUAGGAACAGAGGCCGAGCUGAGUGAACUUUUGGUCUGAAAGCAUUCAAAAUGAUUAUUUUCAUCAAGAAACCGGAUGGCAAUGUGCUCGAAAUUGAAGUUGGACCUAAAGCUGUUGGUCUAGAAUGUCUAGAUUUGACAUGCUUGAAGCUGAACUUGGUCGAAGGGGAUUACUUUGGCUUGCAGUUCACAGCAAAGAAAGGAGAGAGGCACUGGCUGAACCUUCGAAACACCAUCACCUCACAACUUCCCAUUGGAUUCUCACAACCUAUCCGCCUGGACCUGAGGGUGAAAUUCCAUGUUGAACCACACAUCCUACAGCAAGAUAUCACCAGGCAUCUGUUCUUUCAUGAUGCCAAACUCCUGGUAAAAGAAGAGAAGAUAAAGGCAGCCCUCAAAGAUGCUGCCCGUCUUGCUGCUCUCUUCACCCAGGCUGAAAAGGGUGACUUUGGCGCUAGCAAUGAUGUGGAGCUGCUGGCCGGGUACUUUCCCCAGUUUGCAGACUCUGAGGAAUUUAAGGUUACGGCCCAAGCAGAAUAUGCCCGUCUACGUAGCAUGAAGGUGGAACACGCACUUCUCUCUUUGCUCAGGGAAAUCUGUGAAAUGGAUUCUUACGGAUUAAAUACCUUCACUGCUAAGACCUGCUCCGGCCAAUUAUGUGAAGUGGGUGUCGGGGCACAUGGAAUUCUUGUUACUAAUAUUGAGACGCAGGAUUGUGUGAAGAUUCCUCUUUCAUCUGUGAAGCGGUUGUCAGUUGAGAAGAGAGAUUGCCAGAUGCACUAUGAGCUUGACGAUGGACAUAACUUUACAACAGACAAGAUGGAACUUACUCUUCACACCAAGGAGAUUGCUGAAGGGCUUUACCGCUCCAUCACAGAGAAAGUUGAAUUCUUCACAAGUGAGACCGUCAGCGAACCAGUCAAGGACCAGUUUGUUCGAGACUUUCGUGGGAGUAUUGUCUCCUUCUUCAACAUCAAUACAGACUUGGGGAAGAAGUAUUCUUUUGAUUUGCGCAGAACACAACAGGAGGUCCAUGAUGAAGCAAGAAGGAAACUUUUCAGGAUGGGCAUCUCGACACAGUCUGCAGAUGCCGACUUGUCCUCCCAAGCACACAAUAGGCAAGAAGGCACUAAUCAGCUGGAACAGGAACUUCAGAUGUUUCGAGACGCUGUGACAUGUAAAGUCUGCAUGGCAUCCCACAUGGAUACAGUACUUUUACCCUGUGGCCAUUUUCUCCUGUGUAGCAACUGCGCAGGCAUGGUUUCCUCAUGCCCUUCGUGUCGGUUAGACAUUGAAGAAAGGAAGAAAAUCUUCUGGGACAGACCUAUGAAUGUUUGCUAGAACAAGCAAGCAGGUAAAUGUAUAUCAUAUACAUUGUAGGUGUGUAAUGUAUGUAUGUAGAAGAACUCUGAAUCAGUAUUACAAAGAUUGCCACAUUUAACAUGUGUUUAGAAAAGAUUGAAAGAGCCGUAACUUUGACAUUUUCCAUCGGAGGUAUGUUGUAGGAUCCAAUGCUUUCUGUAUGUAAUUGAUUGAUAUUAGUAAUCCUUUGGUUCAACGCUGUAAAUGAAAAGAAUAAGCUUUGUUCAUUAACACCAGAAUCAGAGUGAAUGUGUAACUGUAACAUGAUGUGUUACUGAUUUGACAGCGAGUUAUUCCUUAUUUGUACAUUUAUUGUGUAGAUGGUAUACACAAAAUUUGUUGUACACUAGUGGACUAGGCAAACUUGCUUAGUGAAGUUACAGUAGCUAUAGUUUGAAUUGUCUAUACUAGCAAUCUUGUACAGUUUUUUGAUGGAAACAAAAGAAUGCCAUUGCAUUCACUCUUAUUUGGAUUCUAACUUAUAUAUUGUGUCAUUUGUGUGAUCAGAUGUCGAUAUUAAAUUUUGUAGAUUAUCAGAAAAAGAUUUGAACAUGUAUUUUUGAUCGAAAAGGUCCACACAUUUUUUUAAAGGAGAAUGCCUUGAAUUGUAGAAAGGAGAGAACAAAAUAUUUUUGUAAAUGUUUGAUAGCUAAUAAGAAGUUGAUACAUAUGCUUAAGUCAACUCUUUAGUAUUUUCAGUCAAACCAGUGCGUUGCAUACUCCGAUUGAUAUGUACAUGUAUGCCACUUUUUUUCUCCUAAGUAGUUAGUACAUUCCUCUAGUUCAUCCGCAGUUGCCGGAAUUUCUUUCUGUGUGUACAUGUGUCCGUUUUAGUUUUUCAUAUUUUGCAAGAGAUGAUUUUCUUGUAACAGAAUUAGAGCUUUCUGUGUGUGCAUUCCAAAAUCACAUCAGUUCAAGUUAUUUAGAUUGUGCAAUAAUGUGUCUAUGUAGAAAACUGAUUUAUUUUCCUUCCAAAGUGCUGUACAAUUUUAUCAGUGUUUGUCUGUUUGAUGGUUGUUUUUACAUGCUAGAGUAGAGGUAUAUUUCAGGCAAAACAAAGCUACCUUUCCUCCCAGAUUGUUUUGUAUUUAAUAUGUUUAUCCAGAUGAUUCACAUCAGUAAAAUGGGUGUAAAAUGUGACAAUGUUCGUAUUUUUCAUGGGGGGGGGGCAUAGAGUUAAUAAAGUUUCAGUGAUUCAAAAGCAGAAACAAGGUGAUUCAUUAGAGUACUUUCAUUUACUUAUGGAGUUCCUGAUAGUGUUCAAAUAAGUGAUACCCACGCAAAAGAGGUACAUUGUCAUUCACACAUAUUUUGCUUGAACUCUUUACCUCAGCCUUGCCAUACAUUUUCAAGUAAAGAUCUAUGAAUUAUUUAUUUCUUGAUUAAGACUGCGAUCUACUGUUUUGUUUUCUUUGUUACACAGUGUACUUAUAUUUGUGCAAAUGUAACGCAUUCUUCCCUUUUCUGUGUGACAUCAUUUGUCUUAAAAUCAUGUUCUCUGAUAGAAAGAGAUUUUAACUGUUGUAUGCAAACUUGCAAAGAGUGGUGCAACUUUUAUUUUAGUGUGUUAUUAAAUGAAGCUACGUGUUAUGCUAUUGAUAUAUUGUUUUCAAAGAAAUGAAAGUCCUUCAACAUCAGUGUGCCCAUUUAUCGGCAUUGAAUUUACAACGUUCAUGUUCUGCCAAAAGUAUGUCACACAUUAUUUUAUCAUUUGAUUUACGGCCCUUCAAAUAACUUUAUUUUACAGUAAUCAUAUUCUGAAACUGCAUAACAGUCAUAUUUUGGGAGCUACACAUUGUACAUUGAUGUACUGGUACAUGUAUACAUGUAUUGUCCGCACGAAUGCUACAUGUAGAUGCGUUACAAAUCUGUUUUGAUGAGUGAAUACGUCUCUAGCAUAUUUUAGAAUUUACAAAUGUUUUGUUGAAUGUAACAUAAAUUGACAGCAUUUCCAUUAUACAGUAUGUUCUGAGGCUAACUUCAGAGGCUUAUAAAUGUGGACAAUUAUGCGGAUUUGUAAUCCAGUAAGCACAAAUCUACAGGGUUCUUUGAACUUCAUUGCAGCUGUAGUUUAAUCAAAGCAGAAAGCACAGAUUAUAUUGGCAAUUGAUAGCAAUUUGUACAUCUUGCUCAAUAACAGGUUGUAUAAUGUGUGUGUUCUGUUGAUUCAAUAUAUUUAUUAGUUGUUACUGUACAUGUAGGCUAAAUAUUAUGGAUAGAAAAGUGAGGAAUUUACAUGAAUUUACACAUGUACAUUUUGCUAGCAAACAUGUACAAUAUUCUAGGGCAGUAGUCUUUCAAAUUACAUUGUACAUGUCAUUGGCUAUCACUUCCUGAUUAAAUGAACAGUGUACCGGUACAUGUACAUGUACUGUAGGUCUGUGUUUUGGGUAUUAUUAUCUGGCCAUUUUUUUCAUCUGCUAUCUGUGGUGUCCUACAUGUACAUUUGGUCUUUCACAGAUUACAUUGAGUGAUAAUAUACAUGUACAUGUACACCCCAAUACUGGUACCCCUUUCGCUAUGAAAUACAUUUUAAAAAAGAAAUCUUUAAAAUAGCAGUACAUGUACCUGUACAUACAUAUUUAUGUACAGUGAAGAGAGGCAACAGAAGGUUAUUCAUUUCAACAUCCUUUUUUAACUGAUUUACUUACAAAACUGGAAAUUUAUUUUGUUUGUGCAUGCAAAACAUUUAGUUUGGCAUGGUGCCAAAGAACAAUAAGUGAAAAAAAAA